AGGAAACUUACCACAUUGGUAAAUCCGUGAUUUAUUAGUCUCUGAGCCUCUGAAGUAAUAAGUCUAUGAGCCUUUUUCAAAUUCAGUCUUCACUCCUCCACGAAACAAUAAAGUGCACCACACCUAAUCCUCUGUAAAAACUCACUUUUCAGUCUUUUCUGGUGAAGAAUUUUACUGGUCUUUUUCUAUUUUGGUUUUACCAUUUAUUACACGCACUGACUACCUUUUCAGUUUCUUCUCAGUUCAGUCAGAGAACCUGAUAAGAUUAUGUUACUAGUAAUUAGUUAACGGAGUAAGAUCAACUAAAAUCUUGGAGAAAUAGAAAAGAGAAGGUAUGGGUUUAGGGAGUUUUCUGAAGGUGGUCGCUCAGAACUUUGAUAUUCUUGCUGGGCCUUUAAUCACUCUGGUGUAUCCCCUACAUGCAUCAAUUCAAGCAAUUGAGAGUAAGACUCCAGCCGAUGAUCAACAAUGGCUAACAUAUUGGGUUUUGUAUUCCAUGAUUACUCUCUUCGAGCUUACCUUUGCCAAACUCAUUGAAUGGUUACCAUUCUGGUCUUAUGCGAAGCUGAUUGCCACUGGCUGGUUGGUAUUGCCUUACUUCAGUGGGGCAUCAUAUGUCUAUGAGCACUUUGUUAGACCGAUGUAUGUCAAUCCACCAAACCUUAAUGUUUGGCAUGUCCCAUGGGGAAAGAAAAAUGACUUAGCUAAGCCAGAAGACGUGUUAACUGCUGCAGAGAAGUAUAUACAAGAGCAUGGAACAGAAGCACUCGAGAAACUCAUCAGCACUAGCAGGGCUGAUAAGGAAUCAAGGUUCAGUAGCAGUAGCAAUUAUAUGAUAUUUGAUGGGGAUUAUAGUCAUAGAUACUACUGAGAUCGUAACCUUUUUUGUAGAAAUCUCCAACAAGUCGGUUAAUUCCUCAGCUUAGGUGGAAAACUUCAUAAAUAUAUAUUAGUCAUGAUGUUUGUGUUUACUCUUGAUCGUCGACUUACUUUUUAGUUGUUUUCUCUUAAUCCUCUGUGCUGUGGAUAUGCUUCUUUAGGUUGUUGGAAAUAGUGUUUUUAUAUCUCGUAGACAAUGUAAUUACAGUGACUCGGUCUGUUUAUUUUGUUGAUUAGCAACAGAGAAAUUAAGUUGUAAUGGAGAUGAUGAGGCCUAUUGUGUAUCAGCUUUUGUCA